CUAACUUCUAAGUCACUGGACUCUGGAGGCAUUCAUUGGCAUUGGGGUCAUGCAAAUUUAGAAGCCCAUCUUAGUUAUUUUUAGGCGACCCCGCAGGAUCGCCAACUCCAUGAGGAAACAGCAUUGCAAGCGCACAGCAGUGAUGUUCUGCCUCUUAUCUUGACGUCUUUCCAGAACCACCAUUGCAUCAAGCUUCGCACCCGCCGAGCUUUGAAUCCGAUCAGAAAGUUUUGGAGUUUUGAGAGAGGAGUAAACCAACACUGCGACGUUCUGAGGACACUGCAGCGCCCUUGCGUAUACUUAUACUUUCUUUGGAGGGCCCCUCAAUGGCAAUGUCGGCCGCUCUGAAAGGGCGCUUCGCAAGCACAUCAGCGCUCUCAAGGUGCCUUGAAAAUGUGCCCCUUAAUCAUUCCUGCCGUGCUGGGCCUCCCUCCAUUCAUACCACCAGGCCGCCGGCACACAAAACGCACUGUCCCCACAAAACAGAAAGUCAUCUUAGUCAUCAGAAUCUGUCAGGCGGGUUUUGCGGUGGUUCUCACAGGGCUGUAGAGACCGUGUGGGGGAUCAGGGGGGCGAGAGUGAUGUGCAUGGCAUCUCCAAAUGUGAGGAGUGAAGUUGAGGAUCAUGCGACCUACCUUCGAGACGUCGCUGACAUCACCCCGCCACCUCUCCUGCCAACACUGCUCAAAGCCCUUGAAGCUUCAGGAGAGGAGGUCGUCUCCCCAGCCGAGCGCGCAGGCGUCAUCCCCCUAGUAAUACCUCUCACUAGAAACGAGUCCACAGGCGAGUUGACAGGCAUCUUGCGUUGGCCAACACCGCCCGAAGGGUUAGAGAUGCCUGUCGUCCGAGUGCAAAAGAACGGCCAGCUUUGGCUUCUCGCUAAAACGGUAGAAGAAUUCAUAACCAUGCAAUUAGCGGAAGAGGACGCGGCAGGGGGCUCUGCGCUUGCGUCGGCGCUCGGGGACGAGGGGAAGCGUCUGUACCGGACGGGUGACUUUGCGGCGUCGAAAACGCCAAACGUCAACGUCUAUCUGAUGAAAAGCGUCGGCAAGUUCCCGGACGUGUUUGAGCGGCUGGCGGAGCAGCACUUGGAGCGAAAGGAUGAGGUGUCCUCUUUAGUUACUGCCGAGUACUAUGCGCGAAAACACUUCCCCGGGUUUGGCAGGGCCUUUGUGUACAACGCCAUUCUGUAUAAGCGGUUAGGGCGGAAACAGGAGUCGCGGGACGCAGCGCGGAUAGCGCUGAAGUGCCCCUGGUGGACUCUGGGGGCCAGCUAUGCUGAGGUGUGUGAGUUGGCGGGGUGGGGCGACGAGAAGCUGGAGUUUGUCAAGGAGAAGCUGACGUCAGAGGCGACGCAGGAGGACAUCACCAAGGGCAAGUCACCGGAGCAGGUUGCUCUGGACCAGGCUGCAUACAUGAUGGACAUCGCCGCAGCCGAGAAUAACUGGGAUGACGUUCGAGAACAGAUCGCCGAGUUGUAUGACAGAGGAGGCCUACCAAAGCUGGCGCACUUCUUCAGGGCUGUGGGCUCGUCUUGAGCAUAUGUCCAGUUGGAUCUGAAAGCUCGCUUCUUGAGCGGUCGGCUUGUUGUCAAUCGAGCUGACUGCGAAUGACAAGCUGAAAUGUUGGAUGGAUUCGUGGUGGCCCGAUUUCGGCGGACGUGUAUUCAAACACGUGUUGCUGGCUUGCGCGCAGACUGAUCUUGAAAGCUCAACCAAUUGGUCAUUGAAUAUCUUC